CCCUGCCAAACCCUCGUCAUCUUCGACACCCUCUCUCGCGCGGGUUUACAGGCAUCCAAACAGCUACUGAGAGAGUUUCGCUGAGGAGAGAUGGAGAUGGUUGAAUAUUCUCCGGAAGAAGAUCUCCGUAUUCCCUGUCCACGUGGCGGUCCGAUCUACGUCACCUCACUGGUGGGCCCCAUCACCACCGUCCCCGCAUUAGAAACCUCUGUAAUGGAAGAACUACAGAGAUUGGAAGCUGAAUUACGUACAGAUUCAACAGUCUCAUUCGAUGAAGAACUUUCGGUUGAGGAGCUAAAAGUUUUUACUGAGGAGGAACUGGUAGAACGAGCUUCAAAAGAAGCAUUUAAGGAUGCCAAGCGAAUGGAAAGCUCAUCGCAACCUUCAGAAGAGCACCGUAAGGGAAUGAUGAUAGAUGACCCUAGAAUCUCAAGCAAUGAAAAUGCAUGUUUAGAAAGUUUAGGAAAAGAAAGCAGCACUUCAGAGCCUUGUGCAUCCUCAAGCGUCAUUGAAGCCUCUAACAAUCAUCAUUCUAAAAAAACUUGUCAGCAAGGCGCAAAAAAGCAGAAGAAAAGGGGGAGAGCCUUUGACAGAAACCAUCGUGCUGCAGAAUUGGAAAGUUGUUGUAUUGCAAAAGUGAAAGAACUUGCAAGGUUAAAGCAGAAACAGGAAGAAGACAAAGCAGCAGCCAAAUUACACUCAUUCAAUGGCAGUGCCAAGAUCAAUGAGGGUCCAAUCUCAGUGUCAGAGAGUGUUGAAAGGAUGCGGUUUGGAUUCACAACUUCUGCUAUGAAGGUGAAAUCAUCGAGAACUCUUGAACAUGUUCCAGUGUCCCAUACCGAAGUAGUUCUUACUGUUGAGAUUUAUCAUAACACUAAAACCUGUCUAAAGACCCAAGAGUUCCUGGUCUUAGGAAGACAACCCCUCACUGAGCUUAGGGAUAAUAUUUAUUGCUUGACGGACCAGCUGAUGCAAAAAGCAGGGCAACAUGAUCCUUCUGGAUAUUUCCUCAUCGAGGAUGUCUUUUGCAACGAUCGAAGGGACGCUUCUUCCAUAGAUUAUAGUGAACCAAUAUUUGACUGGCUUAGAAAUUGCAAGGAUGAGGCAGUUGAAAAAUGGGAAGACAUUAUUAUAUCAGGAGGAUUACAGAAGAAGCGAAAAGCGUUGUUUGGAGAUGAAGGGAUGUCUCACUUGCCUCAAUUCAAAGCUGUUGACAUGCAUAAAACUCGCUUCUAUGACUUGCGUUUUCGACUUGGCUCUGGAUAUCUCUAUUGUCACCAGGGAGACUGCAGGCAUAUUUUCGUGAUAAGGGACAUGAGAUUGAUUCACCCCGAUGAUGCUCAGAAUAAGAUGGCUUAUCCUAUCCUCAAGUUUCAGCAUAAACACCGGUGGCAGAAAUGCUGUGUCUGCAAGACCUUUUGUGCAACGAAGGUAACGGUAGAUGACAAAUGGUCCCAGGAAAAUCCUUCCUAUUUCUGUGAUAACUGCUAUUUCCUUCUUCACUAUACAGAGGAUGGAACUUUGCUGUAUAAUGAAUUUACUGUAUAUGACUGCAAUCAUGAAGUGUAGUCACUGAAAAAAAAUUCAGAAAGUUGCAUUCAUACCAUUACAUUACAUGAGAGAAGGCCAUGGUUUCAUUUAUAAUUAAAUGAAAAAAAUCACCAUA